CUUAUCGGUUAGGGCCAACUGAGCUCUAGGGCGGCCAAGCUUCCACUCGCAACAAUCGCAGGCACAAACACCACCGUCACGAUGCUUCUCCACUCUCGCCUCCUCCUUCCUAUCGUUUCCGGCUACCCUCCUCCCUCUCGAUCCUUUCGUUUCCUCCUCUCCGCCAGGAAAAGGGCUCCCUCUCCCUUCCUUCCCCGCUCUUGUUCCUUCUCCACCAAAGCGCAGGUCGCCGUGUCCGCACCCUUGGAAAUUGACUCCCCGAUCUCGCCCCGAAUCGUAGAAGAGGGUGGAGAGGUUCCCCAGGUACAGAUACCAUUCGACAGGCUCUUCGUUCCGCCGGGAGUGGACCGUGCCGGAGCCGCCGCCGCUGCUAGUGCAAGGGUGCUCCGAGGAUCUAACAUCGUGCUGGGUCCUUACGCCCAUGACGCUCAGAUCUCCACCGCUGAUUUCGUCAAAAGCAGUACCAAGACCGAGGACUGCCCCUCCGAUGGCCUCCCAGAGUUUGCCCUAGUCGGACGCUCAAACGUUGGCAAGUCGUCCCUUCUUAAUUCCAUUGUCAGGCGGAAGCGCCUCGCGCUCACCUCCAAGAAGCCCGGAAAAACUCAGUGCAUUAAUCAUUUUCGCAUAAAUGAUUCUUGGUUUCUGGUGGAUCUGCCUGGUUAUGGAUAUGCUGCUGCACCACAGGAACUGCGGGUUAACUGGAAUGAAUUUACCAAAAGCUACUUUCUUGAUCGGGCAACAUUAGUAUCCGUCUUCUUACUUAUAGAUGCCAGCAUCCCGGCUAAGAAGAUUGAUCUUGAAUAUGCUAGUUGGCUGGGACAAAACCAGAUCCCCAUGACAAUUAUCUUCACAAAGUGCGACAAGCGUAAAAAGAAGAAGAGUGGUGGUAAAAGACCUGAAGAACAUGUAGAAGACUUUCAAAAACUGAUAAGUGAGUACUUCCAGGAAGCACCACCUUGGAUAAUGACUAGUAGUGUGACCAACCAAGGUCGGGAUGAGAUAUUAUUGCACAUGGCUCAGUUGAGAAACUAUUGGCUUAAGCACUAGGAUAAGGUCCGGUGUGGCACCGUCUAAUGUUGUUCAGGACCACAACAAGAGAAUUAAAAGAAAAUUCAAAGGUAUUUAGAUAUUUAUCUCUCCAUCCUACAGGCUCUUCCUGUGGUCCUCAAACCUACCUCUCAAGAUAAUGGAAUUGGCUCUGGCCCUACAGAUUGGCACUCAGAAAUUGCUUUACUCGGUUGUUAUUCGCCGAGUCGAGACCCACAUCGCUAUGGUAUCUGCUUUUCAUACAGAAAUGGCUGUACAAAGUUGAUACAAAAUAUUUUCAGCAUCUCGCUUCUGUAACAUCAUUUUUGCAUUAGCUCACCCGAUACUAACGUGUUUAUGUGUGUACCUGGAAAAUACUGAAAGAUAUUUACUUAAUCGUGGAUUCACUAUA